CAUGGAGAAAUUUUUUAUAAUCAUGAGCAUAAAGAUACAUUAUCAACCAUUGCUAAAACUAUCAAGUGUGAUAAAACCACUAUGUAUAAUACUCUAAAACAGUAUACUGAAACAGGUUCUACAGUGCCAAAAAAAUAUCCAGGUUCAAAACCCAUCUUCAAUAAAGCUGCAUUAGAAGAACUCAAACAAAUUGUUAUACAAGAUGCUAUGCAUCGUCAUCUAACUAUUCAUGAAAUUCAAGCUUUAUAG